CCAUUAGUGCCCCCAACCAAUCUCAUUAUUCUUCUCCUCUUUCAAUCAAGGGAUAUUCUGGUCCACAAAUCCAUCCUACUAUCUUUCUCUCGAUCUCGAUCUCGAAGAGGAGGAGGAGAGGAUUUCGAUUUCGAUUUCUAGGGUUUGGUUGUUCAUCGCUUCUUCCCUUCCCAAAUCCCACGUCGGCAGAAUCAGAAGCAUAAUAAUCGUCUCGCUAUGAUCCCCAACUCGUCCUCGCCUUCCCCCUUCCUCUGAAUUCGCCUCGCAAUCGAAUUCGGAUUCGAUUGAACAGAUCCACCACCACGAGCACGCGCCUGCAUACUAUGGUGCACACCCCGCGCCGCCCAUCGCCGUCGUCUUCUUCCUCGCCGAUGCUACACAAGAACCUCCGCGCGCUCGGCCCUGGCUUGAAUCCCUUCGCUCCCUUCGGCAUGGGCAACUACUCCUCUCCUUCCUCCCGCUAAUCAUCUCCUCCUCUCAAUCUCCCGUUUGCUGCUGCUCAUCAUUAUAAGCGAUUUCCGACUCCGGCUUCUCCCUCCUCCCUCUCUGGUGCGUGCCCCUUUUGCUUGCUUGAUUGCUUUGGAUCUAAGGCCGGCUCGCCUGAUCUUCCCAAGACCCCACGCCGAGUGCAAGACUAGCAUGGUGCAGGUGCGCAGGUCGCUCAGCAUGAGCCGGCUGCGGAGCAGCCACGAUGCUGAUGACCGCGGCUGGAACCUGCUCCAUGUCGCCGCUCGCAAGGGAGACCUCAAGGAGGUCCGACGUCUCCUGGAUGAGGGGAUGGACGUCAAUGGACCUACAUGGGGACCGAAAUCACCUGGUGCUACUGCACUCCAUCUGGCUGCUCAAGGCGGGCAUGUUAAAAUCAUGGAUGAAUUACUGGAGCGUGGUGCAAAUAUUGAUGCUCGAACAAAAGGGGCUUGUGGCUGGACACCUGUACACAUUGCUGCCAAGGAAAGAAACAAGAAGGCUGUGAGAUUCCUGAUUGAGAAUGGUGCAUUCCUGCCUCCAGAGAUGAAUGAUCACAGGUUCAAUCCUCCCCUCCAUUACUGCUCUGGGUUAGAAUGGGCAUAUGAGAUGAAACGCGUGCAAGAUGAAAGCAACUCGGCUGGUGAAACUUCCUUGAGCUCGGAGAACUAGAGGGAGGCAAGUGCACUUUGACAGUUUCCAAACAUGGAGGAGGUACAUCAUGCUGUUUGGUAAUGCUGGAACUGGAUUUAUAAUAUCAUGUUGUAGCGCGUGGUGUCACGAGCAUAUGUCCUGAAGUCGCUACCAUGUUGUGUUGGUAACCAACAUUGCGUGUCCUCUGCUACAUGGAUAUUUUGAUUCCAUAUGCUCUGCUGGAAGGGUCCUGGUGCUAUGUAUGUUACUGCAUUGUACUCUGCUACGUUGGUACAAAUGGCCUCCGCUACACAUUUUAAUAUGUGAGUGAACAUAUUAAUUCAAGUAAAUCAUAGGGUGUUGGGUGUUUC